AUGGAUCUUUCGGAACCAAAUGAUCCUGGAAUUUUUAAUGAUCUCACUUCCUCAGAAUUGAGAUCUAUUAGACAAUAUUUACAAUCAGCCAAAGACCUUAAUUUGGCUUCGGCUGAACAAUCAACAAUUAACAAAAGUUUUAUUUAUACAGCAGAUCUGUUCUUGCCAUCAAAAUCCAACAUGUUGCUUCAUCUAGAUAUGGACAUUGAAAAACCAGCUAGGGAAGCACGGGUAAUAAUAUUCCGUGGUGACCUUAAACCAGCCAUUGUCCAAGAAUACAUAGUUGGGCCACUUCGCAAACCCGAAUACCAUUAUAUGCUAAAGUCCAAUUCUCGGAAAAACCCUAUACCAGAUGCAUUUAAACCACUUUCUAUGUCAGAAUUAGAUGCAGUUAUGGAUAAGUUCUUAAAUGACAUCAACUGGCAGCUAUCAAGAAUUUUACAAGAAAGUUACGAUGCUGUUUUCCUUGAAUGCGAUAGCAAAUGCUUGAAACUUAUUCCAGUGCCGUUAUCCCCAGAGCUCAGCAUGGCACCCGCCAGAAAGCUUCUCUUCCAAGCCUUUUACGACGUCAAAUAUUACUCCCUAUUUCCAUUGGACCUCAUGUUUCUUUUUCAUUUGAAUGGUACUGAUAAAUCGAGCUUCUAUUUGGACCAGAUUGUGUAUGCUGACCAAAUAUUCAAUUCCGUUAAAGAGUUGCAGUACAGGUACAUUGAGGGAGCAAUCCACAAAACUGCUAUACCUUUCCCAGUGCCCGAUUCCAGAUCUUUUACUGAUUUGGAAGGCGAAGGAGCAGACUGGCAUAAUUCUAAACGGAAACCGAGAUUGGUGGAACCUGAUGGACAUAGAUAUAGCAUUCAUCAUCAACACAUUAGCUACAUGAAUUGGAACUUCCAUUACAGGCUAUCAACUCUAACCGGACCCGCAUUGUACGACGUUAACUUUGGAAAAGAGCGUAUUGCGUUUGAAAUAAGUCUGCAGGAAAUAGCGGCCCAUUAUUCCUCCUCCAGUACAGGUGCACAAGCAGCUAACUUUGUUCAUGGCAGUUUCUUGUUAGGAACCCAAGCUAAAUCCCUUAUUCCAGGCACUGAUUGUCCAGAAACUGCAACCUUUAUAAGUAGUUCCUUUAUGGCUGAAAAGUCAAGUGAACCAUAUACCACUGAACGAGCCAUCUGUCUAUUCGAACUGAAUUCAGGGACUCCGUUACGGCGUCAUCUCGCGUAUACAGCUAAGGAUGAUGGAUUUUAUGACGGAAUGGCAGAUUCGUCUUUAGUUUUAAGGACCGUUUUUGCCAUUAGUAAUCAUGAUUAUAUAAUUGACUAUAUAUUUCACCAAAAUGGCGUCUUAGAAACACAAGUGACCCCUGCUGGCCACCUCCGCGGUAUGUUUCACUCUGGUCAUCAAGAGCGCUAUGGAUAUCAACUAACUGAUCACCUAGCUGGCGUCAUACAGCAACAGUUGUUCCACUUCAAAGUAGACCUGGAUGUGUUUGGUACUUCAAAUCGCUACCAGACUCUUAAAGUUCAGUCCAAAAGAAUUGCAAAUGGCGGUAGACCAUUUUCACAAUUGAUGUACAAGUACGAUCUUAAACAGACUGAAAUGGAGGCAGCAUUCUCAAACGAUAGAAACAUUCCCACAUAUCACUUAUUUUAUAACAACCGCAAGAAAACUGAGCAUCAUGUACUAAGGGCAAUCAGAGUCGACUUGGGUGGAUCACCCGUGCAACUUUCACAAGAAACACCAUUAUCAUGGUCAAAUUACCAAAUAGCAGUUACUAAAUAUAAACCUGAUGAAAGGUCAAGCAGUUCACCUUAUGCCGCCUACGAUUCUACAGAUCCAGUUGUAAAUUUUACCAAGUAUAUUGAAGAUAAUGACAAUCUCAUUGAUAAGGAUUUGGUACUAUGGAUAACUAUGUGUAUCUAUAACAUACCACAUUCAGAAGAAUUACCCUUAAUAUCAUCAGUCAACAAACACCGCAGUUUUUAUCUUAUACCAUUCAACUACUUUCCCUCGGAUCCAUCUCGUUCAUCGAAAGACUCUGUUCGUGCUGUACACAAUGAUACCAGUAGACUAGACGAGGGGAUUCGAUUUCUCGUGGAUGACUCACAAUCGUACCAGAGAUGUAUCAUGAACGAACUCAAUCUGACAACGGUUGUUGAUAACCCUGAUAGUGUAUUAGAAACGGAACACACCAGAACAAUUUUAUAA